AUGGCCUCAUUGAAGGGCGCAACUAAUUUCGUUCUCUCCUCCUCCUCCUCCUCCUCCUCCUUAUCAUCCAACCUCAGUACGGCGACACCGCUGGCAGUCAUUAUGCUCUACCGGAAUCCGGUCUUGUCCGAUGCACUCGCUACAGCCGUGUCAGGCGGCAUCGCUCUCGUGGUUCUCCGGUUGUUUGAAGAGACAGCUAAGCGAGGCCUCUUUGACCAGAAACUUAACAGGAAGCUUUUGCAUGUAAGCUUCGGAUUAGUUUUCAUGCUUUGCUGGCCACUGUUCAGUUCUGGUCAUCGAGGUGCGCUGUUAGCUGCCACAAUUCCAGGGGUUAACAUCAUUCGCAUGCUUCUUGUGGGAUCUGGGAUUUGGAAAGAUGAGGCGACCGUGAAGUCUAUGAGCAGAUUCGGGCAACACAGGGAACUUCUUGAAGGGCCGCUAUACUAUGCUCUCACGAUUACAUUUGCCUGCGCAUACUACUGGAGGACUUCGCCAAUCGCUAUUGCAGCAAUAUGCAACCUCUGCGCUGGAGAUGGUUUUGCAGACAUUAUUGGAAGGCGGCUUGGCCAACAUAAAAUUCCUUACAACCCUAACAAAUCGUUAGCUGGUAGCAUUGCAAUGGGCUGUGCUGGGUUUUUAGCGUCUCUCGGGUUCAUGUCCUAUUUUUCGUCGUUUGAUUAUGUCCGAGGUAGUCGGGAGAUGGUCUCGGGUUUCUUGAUGGUGUCUCUUGCUUCAGCAGUAGUGGAAUCACAUCCUCUGAGCUCUCGGCUCGACGACAAUCUCACAGUUCCCUUAACUUGUGCAUUGGUGGGGAGCCUUGUUUUUUAGGUGGUUAACAUUCAUUACAACCGUUCCUUUCCAAGGAAAAGGAAAGCAUAAUCGUCGGUGUAGAGAUAUUAUUAUCUUGUGUUCGUGGGAAACACAGCAAAGUGUGGGAGAAAACAUUAUAACUUUUAUUCAGAAAGGAUGACAAAGCUGAUGGGUUUGGUUUUGGUAAUUGGUUUCUUUUCUGUAUUCGUGACAGUACAUCCAAGCCUUUUUUAUUCGCCUCAAUCACCAGCUCAUGCCGCAAA